UGGAAGUUAUGAGGUAGCUCACCCGACUUCAGGGGCUGUUUCUCCUAACAGUUUCCAGACUCCACAAUUCCAGUAUACUCGGGAUAAUAAUGUUCUAAGCCUAGAACAGAGACAAUUUUAUGAAGAAAAUGGGUAUCUUGUCAUUAAAAAUUUGGUAUCUGAUGCUGAUAUUAAACGCUUUAGGAACGAGUUUGAAAGGAUCUGCAAAGGGGAGGUGAAAACAGAACAAAUGAUGAUAAUGAGAGAUGUGGCCAUUACAAAAAAAGAAUAUGCUCCAAGUGAAAUGACAGUUUCAAAAGUCCAAUAUUUCCAAGAAGAUGAGGAACUCUUCAGAUACUGCACUCUCCCUGAGGUUUGAGAACCUUCCUGAGUUUUCUUUUCCUUUGAGUGAAUAGCCCAUCUGCAU